AUGACUCUGGAGAGUUUGGAGGAGAAGUUCUCCUGCAUUAAACCCGAGUGCUCUCAGCUCCACUCGCCAUGUGAAGGUCAGAAGAGCUGCAGCAAGUUCUUCCUCAUCUUCUUCAUCGUGUCUCUGUCCCUGCACCUUUUCACCAUCUCCUGCUUCCUCCAUCUGCGAGCUGAGGUCAAGCUCCUCCAGAUCAUCCCCACACGAACACAACCACCGGUCAGUGUCAGUUCAGAGGAACAGAAGAGAAGAGAACAUCCACAGCAUCUCAUCUUAACGUCUGAGGAAGAAAUUCAGAUACAGAACCAUUUUACACACAGAACAGAAGAAAUCACAAGUAGUGUUUGGCGAACGAAAAGAGCAACAAAAGAAUCCAAUGGAAAUAGGAAAAAAGGGAGGAAGAGACAGGGUGCCCCUGGUCCUCCUGGACCUCCUGGGCCCACAGGACCUCAGGGGCCACCUGGUAUUCCAGGGAUUCCUGGCAUUCCUGGCAGCAACAGUUUAGGACAAGCAGGUCCACCAGGACCCCCUGGACCAAGGGGCCCACCAGGACCACAGGGGCCAGCAGGGACUGUUAAUAAAAGCAGGACACGGGAGUUCCAGCCUGCUGUGGUUCACCUGCAAGGCCAAGAAACCACAAUAAUAGUGAGAGAAGAUCUUCCAGAAGGUUUGCUGAAGAACUGGAAAAUGGUGACUGUGCACCACAAGGUGUUUAAGAUGCACUCUCGAUCCGGAGAGCUAGAGGUGCUGAUGGACGGGAUCUACUUCAUCUAUAGUCAGGUAGAAAUCUACUACCUGAACUUUACGGAUAUUGCAAGUUACGAGGUGUUGGUGGACCGUAAACCCUUUCUGCGAUGUACCUGCAGUAUUGAGACUGGACAGCGAAAGUUUAACACCUGCUACACGGCCGGCGUUAGUGUCCUGCGAGCCCAUCAGCGCAUUUCCAUCCGCAUCGUUUACGAGGACUCGCUAAUCAACAUGACCGAUCAUGCUACAUUUCUGGGCAGCGUGAGACUCGGAGACGCUCCAUCAGCCGGUCAUUCUUGAAUACAGAGAGAGAGAGAGAAAGUUUUCACCCCCUGUAUAG